UAAUUAUUUAAAAACUUCAUAAUUAUGAUUGAAUCUAACUAAAUUAAUUAAUUAACAUUUUUAGAACGAUGAUUUUUGUUAAAAAUGAUUAAAUUUAGUAGACGAUCGCACUUUUCGCAUUAGUUGAAUAUAAAAUGAAUGAAGCAAUUUUUAAAAACCUAACCUCAAAUCAAAAAUCCGUUACGGUUCUUUUCGAUUUUUUGUACAUUAUACCCUUAAAAUGUCGAUUCCGAUUGAUUCGAGGGAAGUUUACGAAUAUUUACAAGAAUUAGGAUACGAAAAUAUAUCAUCAAAACAACUUAAGGAAUUUGUGCAUGAUUUAAAAAAGUUAAUAAAAUACGAAGAAAAGAAGAAACGUAACUUGUAUAAUAAAGAAAAUGUAGCCCAAGAUAUCCAAGAAACGAAACAAAAAGAUGAUAUAUUCCAAAAUUUGUACGAAACAAAUACAGAAGCCUCGAAAGCAAAGAUUGUUCAACCGAAAAAAGAUAAAAUCAUAACAGUUCAAGUAAAAAAGCACAAAGAAACUUGUAGACAUUAUAAACCAAAAUGUGAAGGUGUUGAAACACAAACUGUUGAUGUUGAUAAAAAAGAUGAAUCACCGUUAUCAGAAAAUAAAGAAACUCAAAUUAGUCAAUCUUCUCUAAAUAGUAAACGUUCUGAUAAAACAACGUCAAUGAAAGAAUCAGAUCAACUUGUUAAAAUAGAAGAUGGUAAAAAAUCGUCGAGUAAAGAAAAUGUUAUUGAAUUAAAACCAAAAGCUUCCUUUAUUCGGCCUAAAUCAGUGAAAACGACGAAAAGUGAUCCUGUUAGUUUGUAUCAUAGGUAUCAGGCUGAAUGGAAAAAGCAAAAAAUACCUGGAGUUGAUAACCAUUCGAAUUUGAGGUGGGUUAUUCGAGAAAAAAUGUUGGGGGAUCAUCAACCAAGUAUAUCUCGCCAAGUUGCUGUAAAGAAAGGAUUUAAUAAAAAUUCAAGAGUUUGACAAAACUUUACAGAAACUUUUAGGAUUUACGACGUCAAUUUGUAUAAAAUUGAAAUUAAUGCCAAUUUAUGUAUUAUAUAUGUAAGGUAGUAAGUAAAAAAAAGCGGA